AGUUGCUGUAUUGCAGAAAUCUUGUUGUUUCCCCCGAAAAAUAUUAACCGUAUGGACCUUUGGGCCAGAUGGAUCGCGAGAAGGGUCAAGCACUGCUACUGCCAGAAAGACUCACUCCAUACUGAGCCGCACGGAUACCGUAGUCGACACAGACUCGGACAUGCUCUCGGUCAGCAGGACGGAGGAAGGAACUUCGCUCGCCGGAACUAGGCACGUGCUCCCGCACGGAGGCGGACAUCCUCUAUCCGAGAUUCGGGAAGCUGGCUUGGGGCGUAGGUAGCGUCUACCUACGUCUCAAAAAGCGCCACCCAGAGGACAAAGACGUGCGCACCCUGCAGGCAGGCGAGGUGGAGAAGGACCUUGGUCUGGAGUCCAUCGUGGAGGGCGCCCAGGGUCUUGCGCUGGACGACUCAGAGGAAGAGGACGGUGACCUGACGGUGAUAGUCAAUCCUUCGAGAGAAGUUGAGCCAGCCACAUAAAAGUAAAGCCGCGUCUACGGAGCUCCUCAUUGCCAGGCACGUCGACAUAGCUUUGGUCUAGGAGCCAUGGAUUGCCUCGGGCAAUGCAGUGUCAGGAAUAAAGCCCUCAAAUUAUAAUCUAUUCCACCCACCAUCGGUAGGCAGGAACAGAACCGCCGUACUCUUACGAAAGGGUAUCCAUGCUUAACUUAUGUCUCAAUACAGCACUGACUGCGGUGAUGCUUGAAAGCGAGGAUAAGCACCUUAUGGGUGCUUCCUGCUACAUGGCUAGCUCCACCGGAAGAGCUAAGGAGUCUGGUGGCGGAAGACAGCCCGAAAGACCAGCAACUUCCCGUUGGUACGGACGGCAAUACCCACCACAGCGUCUGGGGAAGCCCUGAUAUCAACCACAGAGAAGAGCUGUUGGAUCUACACAUCAGGAACUAUUUGGAGAGACUGAUGUCAAACGAACCAGCAUGCCUAUACCAAAGGGAAAUCGGUGGAGACGGCACUGCAUUCGUUAGUAGCCAUCAUUAAGAAAGCCCUGAUAUCAACGACAGAGGAGUUUUUGUAGACAUAUCCGGAGCAGUCAACAACGUUAGCACGAACGCUAUAAUGGAUGGCCUAGAAGCGACCCAGCAAUCAACAUCUGUAUAAAGAACCUUCUAAAUUGCAGACGAGUGCAAUCAGAGUGACGACAUAAGCAUAAUUAUUACGGCAGUAUGUCCAUCGACCCUCAGCUCUAUAAUAUAAUCCACACCCAGGGAGAUAUGUGAGUAGGUGGAAAAAGUAGGACUCAGUAUGAACGCGGACAAGACGGACCUCAUCCUCUUUACCUAGAGACAGACACAAGGUGCCGGCAUGGAUCCCCCCGAAAAUCGACAGAACCAGGCUGGCCUGGUGGUGGCAGGCUACUGAAAAGAAAACAUACAAGUGUAUGGAGAGAACUCAGCGACAGGCACUGAUCUGCAUCACGGGAGCGCUGAAGUCAACCCCAACAAAAGCACUCGAAACCAUACUCGGAAUUGAGCCCCUGGACAUCCACGCAUCAGGCAACAUGUCGCAGCAAGGAUUCGGGUACGGUUCAAUUGGCCGAGACAUGAUCAGUAUAUCAGACUACAUGAUCCCCCGAACUUACCUGGAUGUCCAAAAAACCUCAUACAUGGGACAUGACGACUGGAAAGAGGGUCGGGAACAGACUCAACACAUCAACAUCUACACAGACAGCUCCAAAAUCAAAGGAGGAGUAGGAGCGGGCAUAUACUGUAAUGACCCUGAGAUAAGGCUGUCCUAUAAGCUACCGGACCAAUGCAGCAUAUUCUUGGCGGAAAUCUUCGCCAUACGGAAAGCGGCGGAGGUUGUUCAGUCUACGGAUCGUCCAAACGACAUUUUCAACCUGUUCAUGGACAGCCAGGCGGCGAUAAUAUCUAUGAAGUCGUGAGCGGUCAGUUUCAAAAAAUUUCUCAGCCCCUACUUACUGCACCUACCACGGAAGGACUGCAGAAUGUAAGUGGGAAUACUUACAGGUCACUGUCUGGCUGCGGCAUAUGCAGUAAAACUAGGCAUCACCAACAGUGCCAGCAGCCCUGGAAGAUGCCUCCAAGAGGACGCCAAGGGAACUGCUUGUCUUUGCUAAAAAUACCUUGAUCCUCAAGGACAUUAAAACCUCCUAAAUAUACUCGAGAAGGUUCAUACACCCCCAUCCGGACAACUAAGGGUAAUAUUGGCCUAUGCGUGCCUCGUGAAGGCCUUCCAAAAUAUACCAGCCUUACCUAACCUGUUAAUAACUUUCCAUAAUAAUAAUGUUUGAGCUAAAAAAAUAAAACUCAAAUAUAGCGAUUCAAUUUUGAGUUUUAUUUUUUCGCUCAAAAAUAAAACUCAAAUUUUAAUAAUGAAAAUAUCAUGGGGAACUGAGAAAAAAUGUACACAUAUCCUUACUAAUUGAGUCAAGUUUUUUUUUUAUUAUGUAGGUUUAUUGUAACA